CUACCUCCCGAGGCGAGAGAGCGAGCGGGAGAGCGGGAAUGGAGUCCUAUUACGCUCCUCUUCUCGAGAAAACCCGUGUCCCGCAGCCCUCCUUCCAGCGCCUGGCGGUUGUCUCCAUCUUCCAGAAGCUUCGCGCGGCCCCUACUCCCCUCGGCCUGGACUCCGGGCCUGGCCACCAUGCCCUCUCCCACUGCCUCCACUCCCCUUCCGCCGCCGUCGCCGACCAGGCCGUCCGGGAGCUUUGCCUCCUCGUCCGCGACGGCCACCUCACUGCCUCCGCCGGCCUCGUCGAGCUCCAGUCCGGCCUCGAAGGCUGCGAUCCACGGUUCGCCACCGUCUUCAUCAAGGGGAUCGGCUUCUUGGUCCGCUUCGCGUUCAAGAGCGAUCCCUCGUGGGGCCGCCGCUUCGAUCCCGUCGAGCUCCAUCCCUUCGUCAAGGUUCUUUCAUGUCAGGCAGAGGUGCAGGCAGAGCUCAUACAGCAAGUUAUGUUGUUCAUCGCACAGAAUAAGUCCGUUGGGAUGGAGGACGUCUCGAGGUUCUUGAGGCCAUUUCUCACAUACUCUGUUCUACGAAAACAAUCCUCAUCUUUUGCGAGGGAUUUGAUAUCGUCGAUCGCAUCAUUGUCUUGCUCGUUUCUGUCUGAAGCUGCUUGCAUUAUGAAGCUUCUCACAGGAUGCCUAAAAUACUUCCCCUGCAGUAAUGAAGAGGAUUUUAAGUACCUCAUUGCUUGUGCUGAGUAUUUGGUGGAUGCAUUCAUGGUGCUCUUGAAGAAAAUAAUUUCUACUAAAAUGGUAGCAACGGAUGCCCAAGCAUGCACUGUUGAACUAUUGGAGACUCUCCUUUCACUAUGUACCGGUCAGCAUAAACUUCAGGGAAAAACUGAGAUUAUUCUCGAGUUGUCAAAGCGUUUGUUGGUGUCACAGAAAGAGAUUGGCUUACACUAUUUGCCCGAGUUUGUGAUGGGUACUGUCUCAAUUUCUAUUAUCCUUACGCAGGUGGAGUUUGAACAUGAACAACUCUCUAUUUUGAAGCUUCUAAAUUUCUUAAUCGAGUGGAAAACUGAAAAUGAAUUUAAUAUAAAAAGAACUGCAUAUUACAUUAGCGAAGAGCUUCUGUGUGUCUUUCCUGUUAUCAACCUUGUAUCAUCUCCUUCAAAAUCUGUGAAAGCUGCAGCAACUUGUAUACUUUCGAAAAUGGACAGGCUUGUAUUAGAUUUACCAGUUACUCCGGGAAAAGCGCUGAUUACUGAUGCUAUAUUUCCAUCUAUAAGCACGCCAGAGUCUAUUAUUUUCAAGCUUCUGCAUCAUCUUUGGUUCAAGGAGCAAUCUUCUAAUCAACAUUCCUUUUUCAUACGAAAUACUGGAAAUGAUGCAUCUGCUGUCAGCGAGAUAUAUGAGGAAACAAAAUGUUGGACAUCUCAUCUAAAGAAGUACUUAUCAACUCUUGAAAAGCAGAAGAUGGCAUUGCCUGCCCAACCACCAGAAAAUCCUCUAGCAGGAAUAUCAUGGUUACUGGGCUCCAUAACAACCACUUUAGUUAUGCAUCCGAAACAUCACGCCUCUGCUGUUGAUUCUUUGGCUGCUGUUGGUAAAAUGGACCCUAAAUUGGGAAUGCCAUUGUUGCUAAGCAUUCUCUUCUACAACAAAAUUCUCUGCAGUAGUGGGAGUGACUCACCAAAUAUAUUACUCAAACUGUUGGAAAUGCUUCCAUCACUCGCUUUGCAUUCUAUCAUGGUACCAAUCAUUAUGCAGACUAUUUUGCCAAUGCUUCACAGAGAUGCAAAACCAGUGUUAUAUGCUACAGCUAUCCGUUUGCUUUGUAAGACAUGGAUUGUUACAGAUCGGGCCUUUGGAACUUUGCAAGGAGUCUUGGAUCCUGAAGCAUUUUCUUUUUUUACCUCUGAGAGAGAAAUUUGUAUUAGUGUUGCUGCUUCAAUACGCGAUGUUUGCAGGCACAAUCCUGAUAGGGGUGUUGACCUUAUACUAUCUGUGUCGUCAUGUAUCGAGAGCAGAGAUCCGAUUGUACAAGCUCUUGGUCUUGAAAGCCUUGCCCAUCUUUGCAAGGAAGAUGUAGUUGAUUUUUACACAGCCUGGAAUGUUAUUUCGAAGCAUAUGCUUGAUCAUUCUGUUGAUCCUAUUGUUGCGCAUGGCUUGUGCACCUUGUUAAGAUGGGGUGCGAUGGAUGCAGAAGCUUACCCUGAAGCUGCAAAAACUGUUGUGCAGAUUUUGUGGGAAGUUGGAACAUCUAGGAGCUGUAUUUUGGAAUCUUUAUGGGUGAAAGCACGGGUUGCUGCCUUUAAGUCCUUGUCCCAUUAUGAGGUUGCACAAAUUCAGGACAAGAUUUCUGAUUUUAAGAGAAGAAAUUUUCAGUGUCUCGUUUCUGAAGAUAAUGUGGAAGUACUCAAGGCCAAGGAGGAAUUCCAAGUCAAGAUUAUCAAAUUUGAACACAUAACUCGACGUAGAUUUCAUAAGGAGAAAAGAGUCAUGGUGCACAAGGUUGAAAAAUUAUUGGAUGCCUUUCCUCUGGCUAUGUUUUCUCCAGGGGAACAAAAACAUGUUGAGUUACCUGGUGCAGCUCUGCUAUCUCUUGUUUUCACUUCUAAGGAUCCCAUUGGCAAUGGGACAUCAAAGGAUUUUCGCAAACUACAUUCUGUUUAUGAAAAGACACUGUUGGAAAUAGCUGAGUCCCUUCAUACAUCGAGAAAUAUAUUGUUUGCACUUCUUGCACUGCAAUCGUGGAAACCUUUCAUUCACCAUUGGAUGGGGGCAGUGGCUAUUCAUACUGAUGCUAAAGGUUCUUCUGAUGGAUUGGAUAAAAGUUCAAGGGCUGCCAGCGAUAUCUUCAAGACAAUGUGUAAAGUUGCCGCAGAUUCUGUUCCUCGAGUUGCAGUAAACAUAGCCUUUGCUAUUGGUGCACUAUGCAUGGUUGUGCCUUCAUCAGCCCAUGCAGUAAUCUCUUCAGCAUCAAACGUUCUUCUGAAAUGGUUGUUUGAGUAUGAACAUGAACACCAACAAUGGUCAGCAGCCCUUUCAUUGGGACUGGUUUCUAAUUGUCUUCAUGCAACAGAUAGAAGGCAAAAGUUUGAAGUCAUAAAUGGACUACUUCAGGUAAUCUGUAACAGCAAGAGCCCUUUUGUGAAAGGAGCUUGUGGAGUGGGUCUUGGUUUUGCUUGUCAGGACCUUCUUACGAGGGCUGGAAUUUCUGAUGAUUCAGAAUUUGAAGGAAGUACUAGGCUUACAGAAACUACAUUGCUUCAUGAUAUUGUUAGCACCUUGUCUCGGAUGAUAUGCCAGCUAUGCCCUUCUACAUCUGUUUCAUUUAAGAGCCUCAAUGAUAGCUUUCCACUGACUGGAUAUGGAGCAAGCACUUCAGACUUGCCCCUUGAAAACUGUGAUAACUUGGAGGAAGAUGCUUGGGGUCUUGCAGGGCUUGUACUGGGUUUGGGAAAUUGUGUGGUUGCACUAUAUAGAUUUGGAGCUCAUGAUGCUGUUCUUAAAAUAAAAAAUAUGUUAGUUUCAUGGAUCUUGCAUGUUAAUUCCCCUACCUAUAGUUCCCUAGUUUGCAAUGAACUGGCUGAGAUACCACUUUGUAUGGGCUCAUGUCUUGCACUUCCCAAAGUUGUGGGUUUUUGCCAGAGAGUUGAAUUAGUCGACAAUAAUUUAGAUACACUCUUCAAUCUUUACACUUCAUUAAUUUCUGAUCUUCUAAACUUAAAAAAAUCUGGAACUCUUUAUCAGAAUCUGUUGAUGACAACCUCUGUUGGUGCUGGAUCCUUACUUUCUUGCAUCCUGAAUGAUGGGGUGCACUCUAUGAGAUUUGAUGAUGUAAAGCAUCUUCUGGAAAUUCUAAGAAACACUUACACUCACCCAUAUCCUCCUCCUGUCCACUUGGGUGGGAUGCUUGGAGUUGUUAAUGCAUUUGGUGCAGGUGCAGGGGAUCUCACGGAAGUGUAUCCUCAGCCCAUCACUUUGCAAAUUAAUCGUGAGCAGGAGUCUACCUUUAUCAGGGGCCCCAUACUUUCAAGUCCUGUUUGUGAGACCCUCUCAACAUCAAUGGUUCAGGAAAUGUUUCUGGUUGCAAAGAAUUCAAAGGAUCAACAUGUUAAACAAUAUGCUGCUUGGGCUGUUUCAUUUCUUAGACACCGAUGGUGGUCAAAGGAAUUUCAAAACGUCAAUGGUUCCCAAACAAGUUCCAUUGAUUUCCAUCAAUCAUCACAAAAUUUUUCUGAGGAAAGCUUAGUUUGGAAACUCUGCUUGUGGCUAAAUGAUAUUGACUAUAAUAAGACAGGUGAGAUACCACAUGCAAACACAAUUGCAACUGUUUUAAGAUGCCUCUCAGAGGCUCCUAGAUUGCCUACUUUAGAUUGGGGCGCUAUCGUCAGACGUUGCAUGAGGUAUGAAGCCCAGUCGUCUAUCAAGGUGCAGAUGGAACUGUCUUCGAAAUUACUUAGAGAAGAAUGUAUACUUUUCUCUCUAGCUCAUGCAAAUGAUGUCAGCCACCUCCUGCAUUUCUUGGAUGAGCUCACAGAGUUAUCCAGGUUCAGGACACUAGAGCCAAAUCUGCAAUCAUUACUGCUCGACCACCUGUCUGACUUUUUAAAACUAUUUUCUGGUUUGAGGUUAGAAAAACUGUAUGAUGAUUUGGUCAACUACUUCAAUUCCUCAGCUUCUUCAUACUUGGUUUAUGGACCAGAUCAGAGAAGGUUAUUGAGAGUUUCAUUUUGGAAGGGGCUUUGUCAAUGCCUCACUGAGACCUCUGAAGAGUCAGUUAUAUUGAAUAUGAAAAAAUGCAUGGAGUGCUUGUUCUUUUUUUUGCCUUUGUUGACUUGUGAUGUCAUUUCAGAAGGGGGGCAGGUUGCUCCUGUAGAGGAGUGGUCAGAAGCUGUAAGAUGCUUGGCUAAGGCACCACAAGAUUGGCUGAUGGAUAUGCUGCAAGUUCCCGUUUCAGACCUGUUUCAUGGAGGAACCCAGUCUAAUGAAGUGGCAAAACGAAUUUUAGCCAAAGCCAGGCUAGUUAGGAUUGGAUGUGCUCCAGUUUCUGAACUGGGGGAGCUAAGAGCAUACAUAUUGAAUGCAAAAACUGAAGGUAUCUGGUGGAGUGUUAUUGUGGAAGUUGUUGCAGCUAUAUCCAGUGCAGAAGUUGGUAUCAAAAGACGAUGGCUUUUUGAUGCAUUAGAGAUAUGCUGCAUAACAGAAUACCCUGCAACGGCACUGCAGUUUAUAGGUUUGCUAGCAGGUAGCUGUUGUAUGUACAUGCCACUUCUGAUCAUCAAUCCAACCAGCGUCUUAAGUGACCUGCCAGUUACCCUGCCAUCGCUUCUGUCAGACAGCAGCUGGGGUGCCAUUUCAGGGCCUUUGGUUGAUAAGCUAUGGUCAUCCACAGAGCGAAUCUGCACAUGGGCAGCACAGUUAGCUAAUGGAAAUGGCUUUCCCAGGCAAGACGGCAUCAAUGAAGCUGAAGCUAGCAUGCGCAUUUUCUUGGCACGUGUGAUGUGUCGGACAUGCAUUUCUUUGAAAGACUACUUGCCAUUCCAUAAGCAGGUCAGGCUUGCAAACCUAGAGCUGUUGUAAAUCCAGCACAUCUUCAGUGUGAAAUAGUUCUUUCCCUGCUCCUGUUUGUCCUUGUAAAUCUGCUUGCGCUUUUAAAUUGAAUGCAGUUGUUCUUAUGAUCUGAUUUUGA